AUGGGAACCUUGCCGUACGCAACGCGUUACGAAGCCCGUGUUCGCCUGAACAGUCGAGAGAGGCUCAACAGCCGAGACUUGGAGCAGAGUUUAUUGGGUAGCAUACCGGAGGACGAAGCACUGCAAGAACCAGAAGAAUCUCUACUACCGGUGCAUGUACUGCCGGUGGUAACAGAACACUGCAGCCACUGCGGAAAUCACAACUGCAAUGCUAAUAACAACAACAGAGUGCCUUGGUAUCAGGAAUAUGUUCACGAUGCACUCUUCCUCAUGACCGUCAUCAUAAUAGCCUUUGUGUGGGCGCUAAUCACCCUGGGAUGGUUGGUGCUAUUGCGAAGAACCACUGUGGUGGGGUCCGGGUGA